AGACAAGUAGGGACGUUCUCUUGCUCAGCGGUGGAGAGAAGAGAGGAGAGAAGAGAAGAGGAGAGAGAGGGGGGAAAAAACCACAAAACCACUACGGGAGAUCCGGGAAUUAUACCGACUGACGGAGAUUCAUCCUUCUUCUUUCUCCUCCCCUGAUUGUUUCUUAUUUUUUUCUUUUCGUCUUUCUCUCUCUCUAACCUUUUGGCUUUUUUUUUUUAAAUGUUUUUUUGGUUUGUUUGCUUGUUCGCAAAGAUGAUUGCUGGCUGCAUCCUGUUGGCGUGCACCGUACUCGUGGGCGCAUCCUCGGGGAGCAGGGCGGGUCAGCCCCUGAAGCCUCCCUGCAGACCCGGCUUCUCUCAGAACUUCUACACGGUGAUUGUCCCCAGAGACGUACUACACGGCCAGAGCAUCCUCAGAGAUACCAUCCUGUCCAGCAAGCGUGUGAAGUUUGAGGACUGCCAACACAGCAGAGAGGUGGGCUUUGUCAGCAGCGACCCCAACUUCAGCGUGAGGCCCGACGGGAGUGUGUACACAGAGCAGGAGGUGGCCAACCUCUCCGAGCCUGUCCAGUUCAUGGUGACGGCGCGGGGACUGCACGACCCGCACAUCUGGGAGACCACCGUGAAGCUCGCCCUUGCCGGACAUCUUCACCCUCUGCCGCUAACAAAGAUCGGCUUUGAAGAAAUGCUGUCACGGGUGUGGGAGUCCCAACCCAGGGUUAUCAAGUUCUCUCGAAGACAUCAGAGAAGUUCCUCUGCGAACAGCUUGAGGCGGCAGAAGAGAGACUGGGUCAUCCCACCUAUCAACGUUCCUGAAAACUCCCGAGGACCUUUCCCACACAUGCUUGUCAGGAUCCGCUCGGAUCAGGACAAGGACGUCGGCAUCCGCUACAGCAUCACGGGCGCCGGCGCCGAUCAGCCUCCGAGCGGAAUCUACAACAUAGACCCCAUCAACGGCAACAUGUUCGUCACCCAGCCCCUGGACCGCGAGGAGAGAGCCUCCUUCCACCUGCGAGCCCACGCGGUGGACAUGAACGGGAACCAGGUGGAGAACCCGAUAGACCUGUACAUCUACGUGAUCGACAUGAACGACAACAGACCCGAGUUUCAAAACCAGGUUUACAACGGCUCGGUGGCCGAGGGGUCCAAACCAGGCUCGUCUGUGAUGCAAGUGACGGCCACGGAUUCGGACGACUCCACCACGGCCAACGGCAUGGUGCGCUACCGGAUCCUCUCGCAGACCCCCCACAGUCCCAUCCCCAACAUGUUUACCAUCAACAGCGAAACGGGAGACAUCGUUACCGUGGCCGCCGGACUGGACAGAGAGAAAGUGUCGCAGUACACCAUUAUCGUCCAGGCCACGGACAUGGAGGGCAAUCUGAACUUUGGGCUCUCCAACACGGCCACGGCGCUCAUAUCCAUCACCGACAUCAACGACAACCCACCAGAACUGACAGUCCGGACGUUUUCCGGUGAGGUGCCGGAGAACAAGGUGAACGUCGUGGUAACCAACCUGACGGUGGUGGACCGGGAUCAGCCCCACAGCCCAAACUGGAACGCUGUCUAUCGAAUCGUCAGCGGCGACCCGUCGGGACACUUCACCGUCCGCACAAAUCCCAUCACGAAUGAGGGAAUGCUCACGGUGGUCAAGCCGGUGGAUUUCGAGAUGAACCGCGCCUUCAUGCUGACGGUGGUGGUGUCCAACCAGGCCCACCUGGCGAGCGGCAUCCAGUCCUCGCUUCAGUCCACGGCGGGGGUCACCAUCUCUGUGCAGGAUGUCAACGAGCCGCCCGUCUUCCCCGUCAACCCCAAGACGAUCCGUUUCGAGGAGGGCGUGCCGGCGGGGACCACGCUCACGGUGUUCGCAGCUCAGGACCCUGACCACUUCAUCCACCAGAUCGUCAGGUACUCGAAGCUCUCCGACCCGGCUAACUGGCUGAAGAUCAACAGAACCAACGGUCAGAUUACCACCAUGGCCUUGCUGGACAGGGAGUCCAUGUACGUCAAAAACAACAUGUAUGAGGCCACGUUCUUGGCGUACGACAAUGGUAAGUCUGGUUCGCCCCAGGCCAGCGGUACCGGGACACUCCAGAUCUACCUGAUUGACGUCAACGACAACGCUCCCGUGCUGAUACCCAAGGAGGCGCAAAUCUGCGAGCGAGCCCGGCCCAACUCCAGAAUCAACAUCACGGCUUCGGAUGCCGACGCCGAGCCCAACGUCGGGCCGUUUGUCUUCGAGCUGCCUUCGUUUCCUGCCAGCAUCCGGCGGAACUGGACCAUCUCCAGACUGAGCGGCGACUACGCUCAGCUCAGACUGAGGAUUCCUUACCUGGAGGCAGGCGUCUACGUGAUCCCGGUCAUAGUGUCUGACUCUGGGAACCCGCCUCUGUCCAACCGCUCCAUGAUCAGGAUCAAAGUGUGUCCCUGCGACAACAACGGGGACUGCAGUGCCACGGGGGCAGUAGCGGCCGCUGGCCUCGGCACCGGAGCCAUCAUCGCCAUCCUCAUGUGCAUCAUCAUACUGCUGAGUAUGGUUCUGCUGUUUGUGGUGUGGAUGAAGCGCAGAGAGAAGGAGCGGCAAGCGAAGCCCCUGCUGAUCGACCCAGAGGACGACGUCAGAGACAACAUCCUGAAGUAUGAUGAAGAGGGAGGUGGAGAGGAAGACCAGGACUACGACCUGAGCCAGCUGCAGCAGCCGGAGUCUCUGGACCACAUCAUCAGCAAGCCAACGGGGGUGCGCCGGGUCGAUGAGAGGCCCGUGAUUGCUGAGUCGCAGUACCCUGUCAGACCCAGCGUGCCCCACCCUGGGGACAUAGGAGACUUCAUAAACGACGGUCUGAGGGCCGCCGAUAACGACCCCACCGCCCCACCGUACGACUCCCUGCUGGUGUUCGACUAUGAGGGUAGCGGUUCGACCGCCGGCUCCGUCAGCUCGCUCAACUCCACCAGCUCAGGAGACCAGGACUACGACUACCUCAACGACUGGGGUCCGCGUUUCAAGAAGCUGGCAGAUCUCUACGGGGGAGGAGCGGACGACUGAGAGCGGGGCGCGGGCGGCGCAGGGGUGGUGGGCGGGGCUGGCUGUGGCAGGGGUCUGGAGAGGCAGGAGCGGUCGAGAGAGGAUGUAAAGCACCCGACAACACGAAGAGACCACGGUAGAGAGCUGAGAGGAACGGACCCUUUUCCACGGGCUGCAGUAGUCGGCCGAGCCUGCAGACGUGAACUCCGCUGCAAUGCAACUGUAUUCUGGCUUUAUGGUUUUUAGUGCCGAGUUUGUAGUGUGACAUUUUCAGUUUUUCACCUUUUUCUUCUUUUUUGGUUCCCUGUUCUCUCGCCACGCUGGACCUGGAUUCCUCCGGGGACGAAUCAAGGCGGGCCACGAGACACAUGAGUAGUGAAUUUUGUGCUUUGAUUGAUUGUUGAAAACAAAGCUAUCUCCCGCUUUAGUCUCACACUGAAGAGAAUGUUUUUAUUUGGGAGGGAAAGAGGGGGAAGGGCGCGCUCGCCGACUCUCUCUUUAACUCUUUGUCAACUUGAAUUUCCUUAGAACAGAAGCACUGUCAUUUUAUAAAGUGCCUUUUGUGGUGUGUUUUUGUAUCAGACUCCUGCUAUCUCAGGAUUGGUUGCUGUUCGUGCAGUACAGCGGGGGCGACGCGCUCUGCCGUGUCCCCCGUCAUCCUCAGACCAGCCCUGCCCGUCUUGGUUUUUUUUGUUUUGUUUUUUUGUCCUUGCCCAACCGCAGACAUGCAAACAGCCCCGGCAGCCUGUCCCAGGAGAGGGAGGAUGCAACCCAGGGCGGACCACCGGAUCCCAUAGCCCAUCGAGUUAAAGAGUUGUCGAGGGAGGGUUGGACCACCCUCUUCUCCAAGAACCUGCUCAGUCCACUAGCAUCCUCCCUUAACCUCCAAAACCCUCGUCAACCCAGUGUCAACAUUUUUUUAAUACAUGUUGGGGGUUUUAUAAUUUAUUGGAGAAUGCUUGCCUUUCUUCUGUGGACUCAUGAGGUUUUAAGGAGCCUUUGUGUUGAGACGCUUGCCUGUCCCUUGUAUGGUUUUGUGUUGCUAACUCCACGAUGUAAAGCUUAACGUAGGCAUGAAUUCGAUUAGUCCGAAAAACGUUGAUCGAGGGGAACUCAAAUGACUCGGAACGAAGACGCCUGAAGAAGAUUCUUUUGGUCGCCUUGAACAUUCCUGUUUAUCCUUUUUUUUUGUUUGUUUGGUUUUUUUUUAGGCUGACAAAGCUAUUAAAAGGUGCAUGAUUUAUUUUUUUUUUUUUUUGGUUUAGUUUUUUUAUUUUUCUUCAGAUGUUUUACUCAAAGCACUUGUUACUCUGUGGUGAGAAUGUGAAAAUAGUCAGCAGAAACUAUAUGAAUAUACUCUGUAUAAAGACACUGAGAAAAUAAAAAAAAAUACUGUAAAAUACGUAUUUUUCAAGUAUCAAUGACGUAUAGCAGGGAAAAUAAGUAUUUGUCAGGAGAUAGAUGCGUAACGGGCCUAUCACACUGCAACUCAUUCCAGACGUUAGUAUUUAUCCACGUAAUCUAAAAGCAUGCAAAAAAAUCAAAACAAAUUUCAGUUUUUACGCAGAAACUCUGCUCUUUAUUGAUUCAAAUAUUUGUGUUAGCUGAUUUAGUCCUAAUUAAAUCCUAAUUAAAGCUGUGAUGCAUUGUAUCACAGAAGAUCUUCACGGCCUCCAUGUGGUAAAUACACUAAUUGGUUUGGUUUACAAACUUAUUUCUGAACUCAUAAAUGUUCUUGUCAGCAAUGUUGGGGGCAUUUACUAAAAGUGAGAGGAACAUCAUGUUCUUUUUAAAUGACCAUAAUCCUCUUCUCACCAAACAAAUGACAUUUAAAAAGUCUUGGAAGUAGCAGAUCAAGUUAUUCUCAAAAACAAUAACGUAAUGGAUUUAAAUAAAAUGGUCUCUAUGCACAAGACUCCACUGAAGAAGGAAAAUCAUGUUUGCUGCAGAACAAUUGUGAAAGCCCCUGGAACACGUGUCAAACUCAAGGCCCGGGGGCCAAAUCUGGCCCGCCAUGGCUUUUUAUGUGGCCCUCUAGACUCUGAAUUACAUCAAAAAGUCGCUCCAGUUUUUCAUAAAUAUGCAAAAUUCACACAAAAUCAACAGAUCCCCACAAUUGUACUGCAAAUUUUUCUCAAAAUUGGUCAGAAGCAUUGAGUGACUGCUGCCUCAGCCUUACUUGAUGUCAAGUUAUAGUCCGUGACUGAUAAGGUGAUUAAUUAAAAGUCUCAUUUAACGUCGUACAUUAUCUCGAAUAUCGUAAGAAUUCCUCACAAUUAUUUAUAAAUUAGCACCACAAAGUCCCUGAUUCUGAUUGCAAAAAAAACACAAAAACAAUCACAAAAUCCUGGAUGAACUGAUCAGCAUUGAAAAAUGUUCAAUAUUAUUUAAACUUAAAAUAUCAAGAAUCACCUAUUGAAUAGUAAAACAGUUAUUUAUUAACAGUUUAUCAAUACAUUCUGGAACAACCGGCCCUUUAAGAACAUUCAGAUCUUUGAUUCGGCCCUAAUUAAAAAUGGGUUUGACGCCCCUGCCCUAGAACAUAGCCUAGUCAAAGUUUUUGGACUUUUUGGAUGCCACCAUGACACAUUUGGAGGAGGAAUGGUGCUACGUUUGCACCAAACGUACCACAAAAACAGUGAAGUUUUGGGGUGGAAACAUCAUGUCACCUUUCAGCAUGUGGAAUUUGAUCAUGUGAAAAUGGAACGUGGGUGUAUUAUCUUUUUCUUUUUUCUUUUUUUUUUUUUUAAAGCAAGACCAUGAUCCUAAACACACAGCCGUGAAAAUGCUUAACGGGUUUCAGAGAAAAUUCUCCACUUAUUUUGUUGACUGGACAAGUCGGCUUUAAAUCCAAUUAAAAACCACUGGAAAAAAAAUAUACAGAUGAGAGCAAAGGAGACGCUUUAAAAUAAUUUGAAGACGUGUCAAAAUCUCACCCGACCAUGCUACUGUUUUCUCUACACAGAAAGCGACUUGAAGCAGUCUGAACCAACAGAGGCUCAAACGCCAUGAAUCUGGAUUCAACAAACUAUUUUUGACCUCUUUGUUUUGAUUUUGGUGGAUUGCUUGCGUUACUCUCGUGCCAGUAUGCUGAUUGUUAAAAAUCUUUCCUGAGAAGAAAGUCAACAGUACUUAUAUUCCCUGCUGUAAAGGUUGCUGCUCUCCCUCUCAAGCUCCUCGGCGAGCUUUGGUGGCCCGUUCACUUGUAAAAAAAAAUAUAUAUAUAUAUAUAAAAACAAAAACAAAAAAUUUUUUUUAAAAGUGGCUCUUCUGUUAAAAUACGACUUCUCUCAAGAUGCUUGCUUUUAAAUUUUCUGCUUCAGUUCUGCUAACUUUUUUCCAUUUCACAUCUUUUCUAUAUGAAACAUGCCCUAUGGUCUGCCUCUGACGGACGCGCUCCCUCGGUCGGCUUCUUGCCUUGGGACGACUCAUUAGCCAUGCCUGCUGAUAUGAUAUUAUUCAAGGUACUGGAGUUCUUUUAUUUAUUCAUCUCGAUACUGGAUGUGCGCUUCAGGAA